CACUCUCACACUCUCUUUCCUCUCUUUUCUUCCUCCGCUUGCUGCUUCAGACAUUUGGGGAAUCCUCAAACAAGUUGUUACUGCAAAGACGCAUUGUCAGUUUCUAUUAGCAAGUACUGUCUGAAUGAGCGGAGAAGAGAGAGCGUGUCCCCUCUCCUUUACUUUCUAUCUUUUGUUGAGGACACUGACUGCACUGGUUGGACACCGUGAGACACACUUGGUGACUAUGGCAUUGUAAAGCCCUAAACACUGGAUGUACACUCGACUCACUGAUGGAAGUUGUGCAGCGGGACUGAUCGUAGAGUCAGAUCGCAGGGACACUCGCUGCUGGGGAGUGGCAGAAACAUCACUGUCGUUGCCCACGGGCCCCGCCCCCAUGGAUCUGCGUAUAGGUGACCGUAUGGUGCGUCCGGUUUCGGACACAGCUAUCCUGUCCCCUCUGCACCCCCCUCUGCUGCUCAGUCCCUUCAAUACGCAGCACUGUUCCCAGUACAGCCAGACACAGAUGCAGCAUAUACAGUUUAACAUGGAGCAGCGUCUACGAGACCAGGAGCAAGCGAAACAACAGUUACAACAACUCAAACACAAGGACAAAAGCCAACAGAGUGCGGUGGCCAGUGCGGUGGUGAAGCAGAAGCUGGCAGAGGUGAUUCUGAAGAAACAGAAGCAGGCGGUGCUGGAUAGAACCAACUCCAAUCCUCUCAGCACCCCAUCAGUCCCUUACCGGGAGUUGGUUCCAGAUCCUAGCGCCACCCUACAACCACUUCUGUCCUCUCCGAAAUCGUCUCUCAAUGAAGGAGCCGACGAGCCGCAGUUGAGACGAGCAACUUCAGAGCCCAACCUGAAGGUGAAGCAUAAAUUAAAAAAGCACCUGAACACCCGUAAGAGCCCGCUGACCCGCAAAGAGAGCGCCCCGCCCACCGUUAAACACCGGGUGCCUGACACUCUGGAUUCGUCCCCCAGCAGCAGUAGUACACCAGUAUCCGGGUGCAGCUCUCCAAACGACAGUCUACCCAAUGAGAAUGGUGUGCUGCCCCCCAGUGGCAGCCUAUCACACGAGGCUCAGAGGUUGCUGUUGCAGGAUGGGUCUUUAGCGCACUUCACGGUGCAAAAUCCAUCCUGUCUCCCAACCAUCACGCUGGGACUCCCUGCCAAUGCAAGGGAAAGUGAGCUGAGUUCAUUCAAGUUAAGUCGAGUACCGAUGGUUCAAGGCGGUUCUCCAGUGCUGGUUCCUCUGGGUUUGGAAGAGCAGACUGGGUCCCUUAUGCAGCCUGUCAUCAUUCUGGAGCCCUCUGGACUCGUACAUCCCCCCUUACUGGCAGGUCUGGGUCCGGUUCCACUGCAGUUCAGCGCGUCUGGUCCUCAUAAACCGCUGAGCCGCACGCGCUCAGAGCCUCUGCCGCAGAACCCUCGCGCCCUCCACCCUCACCUGCUCCAGCAACACCACAGCGCCCAGCUACUGGAUAGACUCAAACAGCAGACUCACCUCGGCAAGCUUAUGUCAAAGUCCAGUGAGAAGCCACGGCGUCUCCGGCAAAUCCCCUCAGAGGACAUGGAUUCAGAGGAGGUGGGGCCAUCGGUUGGUGACGCCCAUCAGAGCAGGUUGAGGACGGAAUCACAGCGAGAGAUGGAGAGUCAAGAGGAUCAAAUUAACUUACAACACACCCUCAUCCUCAACCAGUCACGUUUGUGGGAGACGCAGAAACAACUGCAGCACCUGCGCAGGCAGACAGCCCACAUGGAGACGCUAGCUGUACCCAUGAUUCUCGGCGGCACACAUCGUCCCCUCUCACGCACUCAAUCAUCUCCAGCCUCCACCUCGCUAACGCUGCCGGACAAACCCUUGCCCCUCACCACGGCAACAGAGCCGCCGCAGAGCCAACCCCGCUUCACUACAGGGCUGGUGUACGAUUCUCAAAUGCUGAAGCAUCAGUGCACAUGCGGAGACAACAGUAAUCACCCAGAGCAUGCUGGGAGAAUCCAGAGCAUCUGGUCACGCUUGCAGGAGCGAGGCCUCCGAGGCCAGUGUGAGAGUAUUCGAGGCAGAAAGGCGACCCUAGAGGAACUUCAGUCUGUCCACACGGAACGUCACGUUCUGCUUUACGGCACCAACCCUCUGAACCGCCUCAAACUGGACAACCGCAAACUGGCCGGCAUACUGUCACAGCGGAUGUUUGUCAUGCUGCCCUGCGGGGGAGUGGGGGUGGACAAUGACACCAUCUGGAAUGAGAUGCACACCUCCACAGCGUCUCGCAUGGCGGCCGGGAGCGUUACAGAGUUGGCAUUCAGGGUGGCUAAAGGAGAGCUCAAGAAUGGCUUUGCUGUGGUCAGGCCUCCAGGACAUCACGCAGACCCGUCAAACCCCAUGGGUUUCUGUUUCUUUAACUCGGUGGCGAUCGCUGCUAAACAGCUCCAGCAGAAGCUCAGUGUCAGUAAAAUCCUCAUCGUUGAUUGGGAUGUGCACCAUGGCAACGGCACCCAGGAAAUAUUCUACAAUGACCCCAGCGUUCUCUACAUCUCUUUACAUCGCUAUGACAACGGAAACUUCUUCCCUGGGAGUGGCGGUCCGGCAGAGGUGGGCUCUGGAUCUGGAGAGGGUUUCAAUGUUAAUGUGGCAUGGACCGGUGGUCUGGAGCCCCCCAUGGGUGAUGCAGAGUAUCUGGCAGCGUUCAGGACGGUGGUGAUGCCCAUCGCUCAAGAGUUCUCGCCGGACGUCGUGUUGGUGUCUUCAGGUUUUGAUGCCGCAGAAGGACACUCAACUCCUUUAGGAGGAUACAACGUCACCGCUAAAUGUUUUGGAUUUUUGACCCGGCAGUUGAUGACGUUAGCAGGAGGACGCGUGGUUCUAGCAUUAGAGGGAGGUCACGACCUCACGGCCAUAUGCGACGCUUCUGAGGCCUGCGUCAGUGCUCUGCUGGGGCUGGAGGAGCCUCUUGCUGAGUCUACUUUACUGCAGACGCCCAGUGCCAACGGAGUUCUUUCACUCCAGAGGGUUCUUCAAAUACAGAGUCAGUAUUGGUCAUCACUAAAGCCGUUGAUGGGCACAGUGGGCAUGUCGUUUCUGGGCGCUCAGAGAAAAGAGUGUGAGGAAACAGACACAGUGAAUGCGAUGGCGUCUCUGUCUGUGGGGGUCCUGAGCAGCAAGAGCCUUGCUGAUGAACCAAUGGAGCAUGAUGAUGAAGACUCCCUUUAAACCAGCUCUGUAAAACUGUCCAGGACCAAAUGGCACUUCACGAACGAGCCGUGCCUCAAGACCAGUUCUGCCUCAAGGGGGCGUGGCUUCUUCGUCACGGCCCCUCCCCGAGACGCCACCUCAACACUGACCACCAGCGCAGAGCGGCUACAACCAACAGCUACAUUCUGCUGCGGCUCUGGGAUACACAACAUCCUCUCCACUUAAGAACCGGACAAAGAAGAUACACUAGAAAGCAUGAUGCCAGCUUUGUGUUUUAAACAUUCACAAGAAUGAGAUCAAGAAUUCCAGUCCCUCGCAAUACUCACCUCUGGUGCCUCAAAAGAGACAGCUCACUGGGGCUUAAGAGGAAAAUAAGGAGAACGGUUGAGGCUUUUUUUACCUUUCAAAGACAGCCCACUUUACUACCCUUGACAAGCGAAGUAUUGAAGCGCUGAUAGAAAAUUAGGGGUUUCCUUGCACCUGGCAACCACAAAAUGGCUCCACUCGAUGAUGUCAUUACUAUUAACCACUAAAGAAGAAAAAUGGUCUGAUUUCUACAACUGUGGGGGAUUUUUAUUGUCAUUUUUGCACUGUGCAUUCCAUAAUGUGAACAAUUUUUCCAAACCUCUGGGAAAAGAAAGAUCUAAUUGUGUUUCUAGUCUUACGCUUAACAUGCGUUUUUUAACGAACGAAGCAAAUGAAGCAAAAAAACAAACAUUUGCUUUCGUGUCAAGUUCAUUGGCGUUCUAUCUGCAUUCCCAGCAUGACGGCUGUAUACUUGAAUACUUCGAGAUAUACGUCUUUGUACUGAUUUUGUAUUAAGAGUUGUGUUGUUUAAAGGCCAGAGGGACAAACCAGCUAUUAGAAAGUUUAUUGCACACAUCUAUUCCAAAACACACACAAACAGUGUUUUUGUACACGCAAACACAUUUGAUAGACCACUAUACAUCAUAUCGAGGACACAGGGAGUGCUGAUCAUUCCCCAGACUAAAAGCUUGAGGUAGAUCAGUCUUUCUUUAGACCAAACUGUAGUUUCGCGUGAAUCUAUCAGUCAUAUUUUAUUCAUUCUCUAUUCAAAAUCAAACUUAAUGACAUUUGAAUGGCCGGUCAAAGCCACUCGGAUCCUACAAAAUAUUUUUCAAACAAUGUCUGUAUUUUUUUGUGAUUUUUAUAAAAGCCUUAUAACCUGUGGAGGAGAGUGUCUCAAGUUGGUGCACAUUUAAUAAUUGUCUUUCAUUGCCGUGCACUGAACUUACGAAGUUAUUUUACUUUUACGAGGGAUGCAUUGUUUUUGGAUGGCGUUCUGUUUUCCACCGCGUGUGCAGAGACCUUUAAUUCACACCAGUUGUGCGGAUGAAGUUUAUAGUGGUUAAAUAUGGCUCUCAGUCGCUGGGAUUCACAUUUAUGCCAUCGUCAAUAUACAAAUAUGAAUAUCACACCGGCAGUUAACCAAAGCGAACAUACUUCUUCAAACCAUGCAGGUCACUGUUGAGCAUACACUGUGCCUCCAAUCCAACAGUUGAAAACAACUGUAUCAUUUCUAAUAUUUAUUUGUUGUUUAUAAACAAAAAGUUGGCCAACAAACGUCAUCUACAUUGUGAAGUAGGUAGUCAACCAGAAUGCAACCUACCGCCUUUCUGAGUGGCGCCGAUGGGGAAGGGCAGCAGUUAAAAAACAUUUACAUGUGAAACUAGUUCGCCAAAUUGAGCAGUUGCGUAGUCCUGCAGGGCCAAAUCGACGACAUUUGUAUUGUGAUCCCACAAGCUGUAAUGGUAUCUUAAAAUGCAGGCAUGCUGUCUAGCUCGACGGUUGUCUGGAAGGUUCGACCAACAACACGGUGCGUGGUGCUCGCUUGACUUUUGCGUCGUGCUUUUGGUUGACGAACUUCCAGACGAAUCGAGAGUCAGCCAUUGACAGGCCCAGAUGGAAUCUGCCGAUGUUUUUUUGCAUUUUCUUAAUUUUCUUAAAUUAUAAAAAAAAGCAUGGCAGGUAAUCUGUAAAACUUUAAGAAUGUUGGUUCCAUUUCUGCACGUUUUUCAAGAGUUGAUGCAUUGUGCAAAUCUGUACCAAUAUUUUGCACGACUUGCAUAUACAUCAAUGACCAAAUCUCAACGUCUCUACCACCAAAUACACCAAGACAGGCUAGUUUGAUGUUUUCUUGCAUUCACUAAAAGGAACAAUCACGACCUGACAAAUUGCUGUGAUUUCUAAUGUCUUAAACACAUUCAGAGGGAUUCCUUAUAUUUUUUAGGUUUGCAUUGUGCCUUUAAUCAGGCCAAAAACAUUCUCUAUGCAAAUGCUUGGUGUGCGAUAUUGUGUACCUUAGUACACGAGGGGUCGUCAGUUAUCUUCGGAUAUAUGAGAUUAUAAACAAAAUUCAAUUUGCAUAACAUUGCUCGAUCUCAAAGUUGCUUUUUUUGCUAUAGCACCCCUAACGGUAACAUGGAGAAUGUAACGUGUGCGUGAUACUCAACUUGCGUAGAGUAUGUUUUGGUCAUAGAGCUACAUUCCUAAUAAAAACCCACCGUUGUAAAUGCUCAGCAUUGCACCUGCCCGUACAAGCCGACUAACUCAAGUCUUUUCUGCCCUUUAUUGCCUUGCACCAAACCACUGUGGAUAGUUACGCGUUUGAUUCUGUGUAUAUAGUACCAUCACCCCAUGUAUCGUCAUUGUUUUAUGUUUAUGGGUGAGGUGAAGACCCUGGGCAGCCUUUGCCCACCAGACCCCCAUGAAGACUGUAGUCGUUCAUUGUUAAUGAAGUCAUAGCUAACCUAUCUGAACUACCGGCGAUCUCGCUGUGUUUUUAUACUGUAGUACAUCAAACAGUGCACUUGCUUUUCACCAACACCAAAUCAUGCCCGUUCACCUUCGACUGUUGGAAAAGAUUGACCUACUUACCGGCUAAAUUUGACAGGACUUAGUUACAGGCGGUUUGGACUGUGACUACAAACAAACCUCGACAUUCCGUAUCAGUUCUGGAUGCCUUAUAUACGGUUAUAUUGUAAUGGUGUAUUCUUACAAUAGCUUUGUGCAUUUGUACUGUUUUGAUAUACCUCUCGAAGCCCUUGUAUUUUCUUGUCUCUCUAAACCCUUUAAUAAAGAAAACGGAGAGCAUGGACUGUUUGUCACCGCUCCUUUAAAAGUGUGCCGAGCGCAUGGUUUGCAAUGCGGCAAAGUCUUAAUUCCUUUUAUUCCCAUCGAACGCUUUUUUGUAUCGACAAUGUAAAUAGUUACAGUACCUACGACCAAAAGAUUUCUUACGUGCCUUGAAGUUCUGACGUUCUCCACUAACUGGAUCAGCUUAACAAAGAAUAACAGAAAUUGUGUUUUCGAUUCUUCGUGUACUUAAUGAUUCCCUUGUUUAUUUCUGAUUUCUUUAUUUCUCUGUGUAUAGAAAAGAACGUCUAUUUUGUACCGUUUCUAUCUUUCUAAUUAAAACGAAAGCAUUUUUUCUUUGUCUGAAUUUCA